CACACAAGAAGAAACAGACAAAACACUUCUUCUUAUCUUUUUUAUGGCUGGCACCUACCUUUUUCCAUUUCUUUACCAAACCGGCUUUAAUCGAAACAUUUGUUGACAUUUUCUUAUGUGCGGUACCGAUUUGGUUCGCGGUAAUGCUCGGAGUUGUGAUCGGAUGGGUCUGGACGCCGCGGUGGACCGGAAUCGUGUUCCUAGGGUCGAAGUUGCGAGGGUUUGGCUAGCGUUUACGGCUCUAUCGGCGUAUUCUGUUGGUCUUCGGAUGUGGUCGAAGUUACGAGAGAAGGAGCGGAAGGAUGAGGAUGAGCUAGCGCCGCCGCGUGCGGUGGUGGUUGGGGAGGCGGUGCCGGUGGAACAGUGCGGUGAUGGAAGUUGCGCUGAUGCUAAGUUAGGAUACAGCAAUUCAGUACACUUGCAAAGCUAGGAUGGAAUCGCAGGUGUCACUUCAAGGUAUUUUUUUGUUUAUUUCUUUCAAAGGUAAAUUCACACGUCACGCGUGGCGCGCCACACAUCAAUGUCAUCAUCGUCACGCGUGUGACGUGAUGUCGCCGCUGCAACGCGCGGCGCGGGUAAAAA